GAUACGCGACGAUCAACGCGACAUCUUCUGACCUGACUACUAAUGAUAUGACGUAGAUGAUCGUAGAUGACUGGAGCUGAAGGACGAUUGAUAAGAGAGAUACAAGUUUGCGGAAUGUUCAUAGAGCGUAUCACAAAAAAUUAUUUCUGAUAAAGACACAAUUCCUCAUCAAUUGCUUAAAAUGAUAUCAAGGAUUAUCAUUUCGUGUCUUGUGCUCUUUGCUAUAGUGACAACAUCGGUCUCAAAAGAGAAGAAAAGAAAAUCGUGGAAGGAAAAGGAUAUACGUGACUAUACAGAUGCUGAUAUGGAAAAUUUAUUGGAUCAGUGGGAAGAAAACGAAGAACCCCUGGAACCAGAUGAAUUGCCAAUAUAUUUGCAACCUAAUCCAAAGAUAGAUGUGUCCAAGCUAGAUAUAAAAAAUCCAGAAAGUAUGAUACAAGUGACAAAAAAAGGAAGAAAUGUCAUGAUGUUCGUAGAUCUUCGAUCAGAUGUCUCCAAAGAGCAGGCUGAAAUCAUGACGCAAAUCUGGCAAACUGGUUUGCAAAAUAAUCAUAUCACUGUAGAAAGAUACCCAAUUGAAAAUAACCGCUACAUAUUCAUGUUCCACGAUGGAUCUCAGGCUAUUGAGGGCAAAAAUUAUUUGUUACAGCAUUCUGAGAUAACUCAAAUUACUGUUGAUGGGCAGUCGUAUUAUCCACGGUUAAAGCCAGGGCAAAAUUUUAUAGUUGAUGAAUCGCUGAAAAAGUCAAGUGCCAAGACAAAAGUUGAAUUAUAAUCUCGGUUCAAUUAUGCUCAAAGGCGCUCAUACGUUGUUACUACAUUAUUUUCUACAUUAUUUUUAUACAGAAGUAUUAUUUACAAAUUUUUUUUCUUUCUCUUAUAGGCACUAUGAACAAAGUUUUUAUUGAAUAUUAAAUAAAUAUUGUGCAUUUAUUAAUUUACAUAAUAAACAAAAUAUAUUAUACAUUAUUUAUACA